GAGUGCGCGGGCCCACAGGAGGCAUCAACACUUGGAGGAGACGGAGGUAUUUUUAGCAACCGGUGGAGAGGCCAACAGCAGCCCGCCAGGAGGCCAGCAGCCGGUUAGCUAGCGGGCGGAGGGAUAAUUUACCGGGAGUCUAACGUUAGCAUUCCGGGAGUGUGUGUUGCAGGGUGAAUCAGGAUGGUGGACCAGCCUCUGUGGGAGCAGAUAGGAUCCAGCUUCGUGCAGCACUACUACCAGAUGUUUGACUCUGACAGAUCACAACUCGGAUCCAUAUAUAUCGAUGCAUCAUGCCUUACGUGGGAAGGACAGCAGUUCCAGGGAAAAAGGGCAAUCGUCGAGAAGCUCACUAGUCUCCCCUUCACAAAAAUAGCGCAUAGUAUAACAGCGCAGGACCACCAGCCGACCCCAGACAGCUGCAUCUUGAGUAUGGUUGUAGGACAGCUAAAAGCAGAUGAAGACCCCAUCAUGGGUUUCCACCAGAGUUUCAUCCUGAAGAACAUUAACGAUGCGUGGGUGUGCACCAAUGACAUGUUCAGGCUGGCCAUUCACAACUUUGGUUAAGCCGCCUCUGUGCUGUGGCGGGCGGGGGCGGCCAUAGUGAAGGGCACUGUGCGAUGAAGUCUGGAGGGAGGGGAGGGAGGGAGGAUGGAGAGGAGAGAGAGCGAGAGAGCGAGAGAGAGAGAGAGAGAGAGAGAGAGAGAGAGAGCACUCGUCCCUCCCUCCUGCCUGUUUGACAAACACCGGAUUCUAGAUGUCAAUCACUGAACCUCAUCCAGGUGGGUUUCAGACCAGCCCAGCCAGUAGAACUGCGACGUGUUUCUUUGCUGAGAGCCGGCCGACCAAUCAGACGCCCCUGUCUGCCUACUCUGCUGAUCUGCAUGACGCUGGGAGCCCCUCAUUUCAAUAUCUACACUCAAGCCACCAGAAGGACAAAUAGCUGACCGACGCCAUUAACUCCGCUCCGCUCUCCACUCGUCUCGACUCCGAUCUGACCCGUUCUGCUCUUCUGUCGACUCCACUGCUGUCAACUCGGUCCUGUUAGCGCUGCUGUUGACUGGUUCGUAGAUCCAUGUUCAGGUUCACAGUCAGCCUCUUCAGCUCUGGCUCUCUUGUGUUUUGUAAUUUGUUUUUAGAUACCACUCGUGUGUUUACUUUAGCCUGCCUUAGUGUGUUAAAACUGAGUUCUACCUUCCUUCCACACAAUUGUUAACUCUCGUCAUGAUUCAUAUUCUUUCAUGCCAGGUUUUGCUCUUGCAAACCAAAGAAUUUUUCUGCUCUGAUCCCACAUUUUUUCCCUCCCUCUCUGUCUCUUCUUUCACACACAUGUCUGGCAGUUAACAUGGACUACAGCCACGAUACACAAUAAAACCUGGACUUUUUUCUUAA